AUGGAGAAGUUUGGGAUGAAUUUUGGGGGCGGCCCGAGCAAAAAGGACCUGCUGGAGACCAUAGAGACGCAGAAGCAGCAGCUCCUCCAGUACCAGGCACGGCUCAAGGAUGUGGUCCGCGCCUAUAAAAGCCUGCUGAAGGAGAAGGGCCUGGAGGCCAGCAUCAAGGUGCUGUCGGUAUCCCACGAAGCGGAUGUGGGCCUUGCAGGUGUCCAGCCUCCAGGCCUCACCUUUCCUGACUCUGUGGAUGACCGAUGCUCCACCCACAGCGAGGAUAGCACUGGGACCGCCACCAGCUUGGAUACUGCGGCCAGUCUCACCAGCACUAAGGGUGAGUUUGGGGUAGAAGAUGACAGACCGACCCGUGGACCACCUCCAAAGUCUGAAGAGGCCAGUGGGUCUGAGAGUGGUGUUAGCAGUAGCAGUGGGGAUGGGCCGUUUGCGGGUGGGGAGGUGGACAAAAGAUUGCAACAGCUGAAGACUCAGUUGGCUACUUUGACCAGCUCUUUGGCUACAGUCACNCAGGAGAAGUCUCGCAUGGAGGCUUCGUACCUGGCUGACAAGAAGAAGAUGAAACAGGACUUAGAGGAUACCAAUAAAAAGGCAGAGGAGGAGAGGGGCCGUCUGGAGGGAGAACUGAAGGGGCUGCAGGAGCAGAUCGCAGAAACCAAAGCCCGACUUAUCACGCAACAGCAUGAUCGUGCGCAAGAGCAGAGUGACCAUGCUUUGAUGCUGCGUGAGCUCCAGAAACUGCUAUAGGAGGAGAGGACCCAGCGCCAGGACUUGGAGCUGCGGUUAGAAGAGACCCGAGAAGCCCUGGCAGGGCGGGCAUAUGCAGCUGAACAGAUGGAAGGGUUUGAACUGCAGACCAAGCAGCUGACCCAGAAGGUGGAGGAGCUGAAAGGUGAGCUGCAGGCCAUUCGAGAUGAGAAGAAUCAACCAGAUCCCCGGCUGCAAGAACUUCAGGAAGAGGCUGCCCGCCUUAAGAGUCAUUUCCAGGCUCAGUUGCAGCAAGAAAUGAGGAAGACAGCCCUUGCAGAGGAUCAACUCCGCCAGCAGUCUCAGGUGGAAGAGCAGAGGGUGGCAGCUCUAGAGAAUCAAAUAUCCGAGGUGUCUGAACUGCUGGGCACCUAUGAGAAAGCCAAGCAGAGGGACCAGCUGGCCAUGCAGAAGCUAAAGGAGCGCAUUCUGCAGCUGGACUUGGAGAACAAGACGUUGGCUCUUGCGGCCUCCAGCCGGUCCCCUCUAGACAGCUAUGGAGAGGAGUCCAGUCUGGAUGUCAAUGUCCUGAAGGAUAAGAUGGAGAAGCUGAAGAGGCUGCUGCAGGUUGCAGCCAGGAAAAUCCAGGUGACCCUGGAUGUGGAGAAGCUCUGCGAUGUGGAGGUAAUGUCCAGCUCAGAGACUGGUGAUGGGGAGAAGGCCACUGCCCUCUACUACCAACAGGAGCUGAAACAGCUGAAGGAAGAGUUUGAGAGGUACAAGAUGAGGGCUCAGGUCGUCCUGAAGAGCAAGAACACCAAAGAUGGCAACCUGGCAAAGGAGCUGGAGGCAGCCCAGGAGCAGCUUGCAGAGCUAAAGGAGAAGUAUAUCUCUUUACGGCUGUCCUGUGAGGAACUUGAGCGCCAGCGCCAGCAGGAGGCUGAGAACUGGAAGCAGGAGCUGGCUCGGCUGCAGCAGCUCCACCGGCAGGAGCUGGAGCAGAGUCAGCUGGACUUCAGGGACCGCACACUGAAACUGGAGGAGGAGCUGCACAAGCAGCGGGACCGUGCUCUGGCUGUGCUUGCCGAGAAGGACUUGGAGCUGGAGCAACUGCGUUCUGUGGCUUUGUCCUCUGGGCUGCCGGGACGCAGAAGCCCUGUGGGUGGUGGGGGGUCUGGGGACCCAGCUGACACAUCUUCCCCAGAUAGCCUGACCCAAGCAUUGCAGUUUGCUGCUAACAUCAGAGACCAGAGCAGGGAGGGAGCCAACCUGGAGUACCUCAAGAACAUCAUCUACCGCUUCCUGACCUUACCUGACAACCUGGGCCGCCAGCAGACUCUCACAGCCAUACUGACUAUCUUGCACUUCAGUCCAGAGGAGAAACAAGUGAUAAUGCGGCUCCAAACCAGUGGUAGCUGGUGGUCUUCUGGCAAGAGAUGAUGCCAUUUCCAACCAACUCCUGAAAUUUCUGUGCCUCUUUUAUGUGGGGAGGGCAGGCUCUGGUUUCUACUGCCUCUUCUCUUACUUUAUUGCUUAUUUCCUUACUGUGUUGAACUAGGAGGAGUCUCCAGUGUGGGAUGGGAUUUUCAGCCAAAUGCCAUUAAUGCUGCUUUAUCCUUGGGCCCUAGAGAUUCUGAAAGUGUUGAGACAUCAUCUUCUGGUGGUGUGUAUAAUGAGGGAGGGUGAGAGGUUAGGACUGAGAGGUGCAAAAGUUGGGUAAGUAGUGAAAGUCUUUUAAAAUAAGAUAUUUUUUUUGUUAUAAUAUUAUGCUUCCAGUUCAGUGCUAGGAGUAAAUGUGACUCCAAAGGGAGUUCAGUUAAUUUUGAAACAUGCACAAUGACCAGCUAUUUAUUCUGUCUCAUCACAAUCCAAGUUGGUCUGCUGCUGCCCCAAUUCUCUGGGGACCUAAACCCAGCAUGGAAAGGGAUCAGGAAAUUUGAAAUAGUGACAGAUUGUCCACUAGUCCAAAGAACCAAGGAAUAAUGAGUUCUGGAACUGGGAAGCUUGGACCUGGUAAUGACCUAAGCAAUCUAGACAAAACACACCACUUGUGACCAUCCUAGAGAGAGCCCUGAGCGCCACUUUGAAGUUAGGGAUUUCCUGAGUGACCUGCGUUUGGCCUGCAAUGGCUUAAAAUAGACCUAUCUCAGUUGUCCUUGUCUUCACCUGUCUGCCUAAAGUUGGCCUGAGAAUGAGUGAAUGGUUUUGCUGUCUUCUCAAUGUUGAACCUUUUAUUAAGUAAUAAAAUCCUAGUUUUUUGGGCUGGCUGGUUUGUUCAGUUGGUUAGAGCAUGGUGUUAUAAUAACAAGGUCAAGGGUUUGGAUCCCUGUACCUGCCAGCCAACAAAGCAAAACAAAAAUAUCUUAGCUUCUUACAGAGAGAGGUCUGAAUGGUAAGCUCUGAUGCCUGGAUAUGAGGAAUUAGCUGAGAGAUUUUUCUCCCAGCUGCUUCUUCCUUUGUAGGGACAGGGAAAAGGGGGAAGAUUUGCUGCAGAAGAUCCAAAA